UCAUCAGCCUGCGACGUUACGCCUCUCUGCCGCGAGUUUAAACAUGGAGCCGAACAUGGCGGAGGGUUCGUCCCUCACUGCGGCUCUGCUGAGCUCCUUACUCAGCCUGGGGGUCCCUCCGGACCUGGGGGUCCAGGUGACCGAGCUGUACCGGCUCCAGACGGCCCUGAUGAGGAGGAGGAGGCUCCGGGAGAUGAUGGAGAGGGACCGGAGGAGGCGGCAGUACCUGCGGAGGAGGAGGGCGUUCCUGCUGUCCUCCCUGGCCGGGGUCCUGAGCCUCAUCACGACCACCAGGAGACCCAUCUGGGUCCUGAACCGGAGCCCCGGGCAGAACCUGUGGUCCGUAGCGGAGCAGUUCGACGACGAGGAGUGGAAGUCCCAGUUCCGGAUCUCCAAAGCGACAUUCGCCUUCCUAAUCGAACAGCUUCGCCCGGACAUCGAACGCGUCAGGACGAACUUCCGCGCGCCCAUCGAGCCGCGCCGCCGCCUCGCGAUCGCGCUGUGGUGGUUCUCCCGGUCCGGGGAGUACCGGGCCAUCGCAGACCUGUUCGGGGUCGGCAUCGCCACCGUGUGCCUCAUAGUCCGGCAGGUCACCACGGCCAUACUGGACCGGAUGUACGAGACCUACGUGAGCCUCCCCUCCGGAGACCGGCUGGACGAGACCAUACGGGCCUUCAAGGACCGGUGCUACCCCCAAUGCGCCGGGGCCAUCGGGGGGACCCACAUCCCCAUCGCGGCCCCCAGGGAGAACCCGGACGACUACUACAACCAGGGGGGGUGGCACUCUGUGAUCCUGCAGGCUGUGGUGGACCACGAGCUGUGCUUCACAGACGUGUACGCCGGCUGGCCCGGCAGCACCGGCAUGGCCUCGGUUCUGUCCAGCUCAGACCUGUACCUGAAAGCAGAGGACCGGCCUGAUGGGUACCUGUUCCCCAGAGAGAAGUCCAUCAUGUCAGACGGCGUGGAGAUCCCGGUGCACCUGAUCGGGGACGAGUCAUUCCCUCUGAAGCCGUGGUUGAUGAAGGGUUACAGUCAGCACCAUCAGCUGUCUGCAGAGCAGCGCCGCUUCACCUACACCCUGACCUCCGCCCGCUCCGUGGUGGACACCGCCUUCACCCGCCUGAAGGGGCGCUGGAGGUGUCUGCUGAAGAAGAGGGAGAUCGACGUGUCCAUGAUGCCGCGCGUGGUGGCGGCGUGCUGCGUCCUCCACAACAUGUGUGAACAGCUGGGAGACGCUUUCCUCCCCGAGUGGAACGCAGACAUCAACCCCACCGCCAUGAGCCUGAGGCAGCCGGACGCCGAGCCGUACCACGGGGACGAGUACAGCACCGCCGAGGUCAUCAGAGACACCAUCACAUACAACCUGCUCACUAUACUGCAGUACUGACCUUUAUACUGCAGUACUGACCUUUGACCUCUAUACUGCAGUACUGACCUUUAUACUGCAGUACUGACCUUUAUACUGCAGUAUUGACCUUUGACCUCUAUACUGCAGUACUGACCUUUAUACUGCAGUACUGACCUUUAUACUGCAGUACUGACCUUUAUACUGCAGUACUGACCUUUUACCUUUAUACUGCAGUACUGACCUUUGACCUUUAUACUGCAGUACUGACCUGUAUACUGCAGUACUGACCUUUAUACUGCAGUACUGACCUUUAUACUACAGUACUGACCCUAAUACUGCAGCACUGACCUUUGAUCUAUAUACUGCAGCACUGACCUUUGACCUUUAUACUGCAGUACUGACCCUGAUACUGCAGUACUGAUCUUUGACCUGUAUACUGCAGUACUGACCUUUGACCUUUAUACUGCAGUACUGAUCUUUGAGAUUUAUACUGCAGUACUGACCUUUGACCUUUAUACUGCAGUACUGACCUUUAUACUGCAGUACUGACCUUUAUACUACAGUACUGACCCUAAUACUGCAGCACUGACCUUUGACCUUUAUACUGCAGUACUGACCCGGAUACUGCAGUACUGAUCUUUGACCUGUAUACUGCAGUACUGAUCUUUAUACUGCAGUCCUGACCCUAAUACUGCAGUACUGAUCUCUAUGUCUGUAGCUAGAGGACGUGCCUUAACAAACUGAGUACUGAAGACGUUGAACUUUGAAGCAGACUGAACUCCAGAGCGUCAGAGAGCUGACCCCCCCCCCCCCCCCCCCCUGCAGUGAAUGAGCUCCUGUGCACACACACUUCAAACUAUGCAAGACCUUAUGUGACAGUUGGGAUCAGUUCCACCCUCGUCUUCCUCCUCUGUUAAUACGUCUAACAGACUCUGAGGGAGGAUGACGUCCCUCCAUCAGUACUCCUCCGUGUGUCACACGCUGCAGACGAGGCGUACCUGAACCUUCACAGCUCUCACAAGUCCUGGAUUAGUUUCUGUUCUCCUGUCUUUAACCUUAUUUAACUGUGUUUGUGUUUUAUUAUGAAGCAACAUGCUGACACCUGUUGCUCUGUGAAUAAAGAUGUUCUUUAUAUUAAAGUAUUUCUGAAGUCUUGA